AUGUCCACAAAACAACAACUAGAGCACACAUCAGAACCUGACCUGCAGCGCGCCAACCAAGACGCCACAGCCGCUCAAAUCGCCUACUUCCGCGCCAUCCCCUGGUGCGCCACCCUCCUUUCCUCUCCCCCGGGCCAUGCGAGACUCAUCAUCGCCCAGCCCGUCACGCGCCGCUUGAGGACCACACCCGAACACGCCCUUAUAUGCCGCAUGCUAAACACCCCCGGCGCCAUACCCGCUUACAUCCUCUUUUACACCGCCCCGCCCACACCAGACUCCAUCAUCUGCGAGUUGAGUGCGCUCGUCGCCCUAGGGCCCAUGCUCAACGGCUGGGCGGGAGUGUGCCACGGAGGGGUGGUCGCUAUGUUGCUGGACGACAUGAUGGGGCAGGUGGUGGUGCUGAACAACGAGAGGGGGUUGUUGGGGGUGGACGGAGGACCGAUGGUGACGAGUCGGCUGGAGACGAGGUUUCUGAAACCGGUGCGGACGGGCAUGGCGCAGAGCGCGAAUGUCGUCCUGGUUACGGGACGGUUGGUGAAGGUCGAGGGAAGGAAGUACCUGCUCGAGGCAGAGGUCAGAGGGGAAGAUGGGGAGGUUUUGGCGAGGGGAGAGUCGGUUUUCGUUGCAUUGAGGUGGAAGUUAUGA